AUGAAUAAGACGGAGGAAGAAGUUGUGUAUCUAAUUGAGGAUGUGGUGAGAUACCAUAUGGAUUGGCAAGAAGCUAACACUUUGAAAGAGAGUGUAAACACAAGCCCUUCUUCUUUACACUCACAAGAAGUUGAACCUAAGAAACCCGUGUAUUCCAUCACCACAAAGAGUGGGAAAGUGCUUGAUGAGAGAGUUUCUAGGGAGAGUGAGGAAGAUGAGAGGAUGAGUGAUUCAUGUGAGGAAAAAGAGAAUAAUGUGUUAAAAAGUGUGACCAAGGAGGAAGUUCAAGAGAAAAAGAAGAGUGAUGAGUCUAGCAAGGUGAGUGAGAAUUCUAAUGAGAAGAGUGUUGAGAAAGAGAGGAAACAAGAUGAAGAUUUUAAACCAAGACUUCCAUAUCCCCAAAAAUUCAAUGCUUACAAGUUGGAUGAACAAUUUGGGAGAUUUAUUGAUAUGCUAAGGAAAAUCCAUCGUUCUAUUCCUUUCACCGAUGUUUUGGGAGAAAUGCCUAACUAUUCUAAGUUUCUCAAGGAAAUCUUGAACGGUAAGAGAAAUUGCAAUGCGAAUAAACCGGUGAGUUUAGGUGAGUGUUUUAGUGCUUUUAUCCAUAAUGACUUACUCCCAAAGAUGAAAGAUCCAAAAAAUUUCUCCAUUCCUUGCAAUAUUAAUGGGAAAUUGUUUCAAAAUGCCCUUUGUGAUGUUGGUGCUAGUGUUAGCAUCAAGCCUUACUCCAUUUUCAAUAAACUUAAAUUAGGUUAG